UGCUUCUGCCGCCUGCCCUAUGAUGUGACCCGCUUCAUGAUUGAGUGUGAUGCCUGCCAGGAUUGGUUCCAUGGCAGCUGUGUGGGGGUGGAGGAGGACAUGGCGGCUGAGAUUGACCUCUACCAUUGUCCCAAUUGCCAGGUGCUGCAUGGACCCUCUGUCAUGAAGCGACGCCGUGGCCCCCAGAGGCAGCCAGAUGGGACGCUGGGCAGAGAUGCUGGCCGGGCUGUGCGCACAGGCAGCGCGCAGUUCAUCAAAGAGCUGCGGAGCCGGACCUUUCCCAGUGCUGAUGAGAUCCUGCUGCGGCCGAGUGGGUCACAGCUGACCGUUGAGUACCUGGAGGAGAACAGCUUCAGCGUCCCCAUCCUGGUGGCCAAGAAGGAUGGGCUGGGCAUGACCCUGCCCCCUCCCACCUUCACCGCCCACGACAUUGAGCACUAUGUGGGGGCAGACAAAGAGAUUGAUGUGAUUGAUGUGGCACGCCAGGCUGGUUGCCGCAUGCGUCUGGGCGACUUUGUGGAUUAUUUCUGUGGUGCUGCACGUGACAAGGUGCUCAAUGUCAUCAGCCUCGAGUUCUCUGACACCCGGCUGUCAAACCUGGUGGAAACACCACGCCUGGUGCGGAAGCUGUCGUGGGUGGAGAACUUAUGGCCGGGUGAGGCUGUGUUUGAGCGGCCCAGCGUGCAGAAGUACUGCCUGCUGGGGGCACGCGGCAGUUACACAGACUGGCAUGUGGACUGCGGGGGCACCUCCGUCUGGUACCAUGUUCUCCAGGUACGGCCAGGGCAGGGAGCUGGGGGGCAGGAGAGGGGAACACGGGCAGAAGAGAGGGAGCUAGGGGGCAGAAGAGACAGGCUGCAUGGCAGGAGAGGGGGACAUGAGGGCAGCUAUACACAGUGGCAUGUGGACUAUGGUGGCUCCUCUGUCUGGUACUAUGGUCUCCAGACCCUCAGCCUCCCCACAGGUACCACAGGCUCCCCCUCCACCCCCACCCCCCCUGUGUACUCCCCAGGCUGGAUCCAUGCGGUGCUGACACCAGUUGACUGCUUGGCCUUCGGGGGCAACUUCCUCCACAGCCUUAACAUCGAGAUGCAGCUCAAGGCCUAUGAGAUUGAGCGGCGCCUGAGCACGGCUGACCUCUUCCGCUUCCCCAACUUUGAAACCAUCUGCUGGUAUGUGGGCAAACAUCUGCUGGACACCUUCCGAGGGCUCCGGGAGAACCGCCGGCAUCCAGCCACCUACCUGCUGCAUGGGGCCAAGGCCCUGGCUACCGCCUUCCGCUCCUGGACUCGGAAAGAGGUAGUUAAGACCUUCCUGCCCUGGGCAGGGGGGGUGGGGGGCCCAGAGUGGGUGGAGCUAUCUGAUGGCGCCAAGGAGGGGGGACGCAAGGGAGCCCUGCCUGGCCCCCCCCAGCACCUGGAGCUGCCUGAUGCCCCUGGAUCAGAGGAGGGAGACCCACCAAGCUCCAGUCUGGAGGAGACUGAUCCAGAGUCGGAACCGCCAGAGGCCGAUGAUGGGGACUUAGCGCUGGCCAAUGGCAGGACACCCAGGACGAAGAGGACCCAAGCAUCUAGGCGGUGGCGGCCACGCUCCUGCUCGCCGCCCAGCCCCCCUGGCCUUGACCUGGACUCUGAGGAGGAUCUGCAGAUUGAUGAGGCCCCCCCUCGCCGUGAGCGCCAGGCCCUGGGGUUCCCCCAGCGGCUGCCCAAGUUCCCACGGAAAUUGCCUCGUGCCAAGCCCUGCUCAGAUCCCAACCGGGUGCGGGAGCCUGGCGAGGUAGAGUUUGACAUUGAGGAGGACUACACCACAGAGGAGGAAGAGGAGGGGACAGAGCUGGAGGAUCCAGAGGGUGGAGCCAGUGCAGCUGGGCUCCUGGACCUGCUCAAGGCCAGCCGCCAGGUGGGCGGGGCUGACUAUGAUGCUCUCAGCUCCCGCAGCUCGGAGAGUGAGGACGAGGCCCCCAGCCCUGACGAACAUGACAGCCUGGGUGCCUGCUUCAAGGACGCGGAGUACAUUUACCCCUCCCUGGAGUCAGACGAGGAUGACCCAGCCCUGAAAUCGCUACCAAAGAAGAAGAAAAGUACUGAUGACGCCCCCUGGAGCCCCAAAGCCCGGGUGACCCCAACGCUACCCAGGCAGGCACGGCCCGUGCGGGAGGGCACCCGCGUUGCCUCCGUGGAGACUGGGCUGGCAGCUGCCGCAGCCAAGCCGGCCCAGCAGGAGCACCAGCGACUGCAGCGCAGGAGGAACCUGGCAGGGGCCCGGCACCGCACCCCAUCCCCCCAGGACACGGAGCCUGAGCCUGAACCUGAACCUGAGCCUGAGGCGGAGCCAGCACCCCCUGAGCCCCCACCAGUGCCCAUCCCCACCCCACCGGUGCCUGCUAGCCUAGCCGACCAUGAAUACACAGUGCGCCCAGGGGGACUGGGCCCCGUGCUCCCUGCCAGGCCCUCACCCCCCAUGGCUCCCGGUGUCUUUCUGAGCCAGCGCCGUGCCCCGGCUGGCAACCCUGCUGCCCUCCCCUGUCAGGGCAAGCGCCCCAAGAAGGGGUUGGCAACAGCAAAGCAACGUCUAGGCCGCAUCCUCAAGAUCCAUCGCAACGGCAAGCUGUUGCUCUGAGCCCCCUACCUGGCCCAGAGGAGGGGGGGUCCUGCCUGAGCUCCCUGCUACCCCCUCCCUUGCCAGGGCUGGGCUCCAUGCCCGGAGUGUCAUUUCCCCCCCUCCUCAACUUUUUUAGGCUUCCGUAGCUCCGGGUGUUCGCAAAAUGGACCGCGAGUUUUUAUAUUCAGGGUUAGAAUAAAAGGAAAAGCCACAACCCUGCAGUCUGUCACUUUGUCUCCUACUGUGCUGGGCACUGUACAAACCUCCCCCCAGACCUGGAUAUAGGGUGCGAGGUGCUAGACAGACCAUCUACCCCAGGCCAGGAUGAUUGUGAGGUGACAGGUGAGGGACA